UUACGUUGUACGUGCUUAAAAACCAGAAGAACAUCAGCGUGUAGGCUGCUCAUGAUAAAAAAGGCUAACAUACUCUGACUAGCUAGCCGGCUCGGGUGUCGCUUUCCUGAGCCACUGUGUUUGGUCGACUGGUGGAAAUGUAUUUUGAUCCUAUAGUUAUUUAAUUAUUCGCUUUCUUUGUUUGUUUUUUAAAAUUGUUUUUAAGCGUAGGCGACUUCAUAAUGUCGACUCUAUGUGACACUGAAGCCCAAACACUGAGUUUAGCCUCCAUUAUGUAUGAAUAACAGUAGCAACAAGUGUAAGGGAGAGGUAUAGCCCGAGCCAUAGGCUCCUGGCGUGGAUGGAAAACAAAACUAAAACGCCUAACAGUUAUUUAGGUGUUCAUUUUCCUGCUGUUGUUAUCUUUCUUUCUUGUUUUGUUUUUUUUUCGUGGUAUAUUUUUUACGUAGUUUUAAUCAUCAGUAUAUAUCACCCUGCCCGGAACCUUCUGGCUAAAUCUGACACGUUUACAUCUCAUUGAUUUUCGAUGAAUAUGUCUUGUUGGGUUUUUUUUGUGUGUGUUUUGGGGUUUUUUUUUUAUUCAGUCGAGUUAAUUAAAAACACACAGAGGUGUAAUUCGACUUCUGCUCCACAGAGUCUAGACCCCCGUUUUGUCAACGCGUAGCCCCAGUUUACAGGAAGUAUGAAAGACCAGAGAUACUUGGCAAAGGCCUUAAACCCAGUUUACUGAUAGGAAGAUUAAUACGCAUUGUCGUAACAUGAGACUGCUGUAAUGGAUAAUCAACGACGAUUUCCUGAUUUAAAAAAAACAAACAAACAGGCAAAAAAUAUUAUAAUAAGCAUUUAAUGACUCGCUUCAACAGGAAGGUCGUCCAUGGACCUGUUGAUAUUUAGAGGUUUUUAAUCUUUAUAAUAUUAUUCAUGAAUAUACAGUUCUCAGUUUAGUUGAUCAAUAAGCACAGUAUCUCUAGCAUCGAUCAUAAAAUGAGGGUACUCGGUGUUUCCGGUUAAUCGUUUCCACCUAAAGCCCACGUUGCUCGGCACACCGAGUGCAAUGGACGAGUCGGGCCGACGGACAUUCCCCGCUGGCCCUCGCCGGCCGCCCUACAGUGUUCAUAUCGACAGCCGCCCGUGCACGUUGAGCCGUUCCUCUGGAUAGUGAGGGGUCGCUCUGACCGCGGUCUCGGCUGCAGAGUCCACUUCGCAUUUUGAGCGACGCCCCCAAAUUCCGUGCAGAGUGUUUGCAGACCCUCCGGGACGGAGAGGUGGAGGAGGAAUCGGCAGCUCCGCCGUCCGUAUACGCUACAAUCACCACGCCAUUAGUUAAUGACUUCAUCAUAUCUUUGACAGGAGAGUUUGGACCGUAUCUAGAAGCUCUCCAGGACUCUGAGGCUGCUGCAGAGAAUGGGAAUAGGGACACAGGCCAAGGCUUGCCAUUUUGGCUGAAGUAACAGCAGGACGGUUGUCAACCCCGCAUCGGCGUCAAUCCCCUUCUCCCUCACCUCUCCUCCCACACACACACACACACACACACACACACACACACAAACAAGGACAGACACCCCCCACGCACAGCCACUGCUAUGUCCACCGCCGUAGACAUCGCUGGCCCUUCCUCCCCAGAUCAGGCCCACAGCAGCGCUAAAAUCCCCAAUGAGCCACUGAGACCCAGCCUAAAGCGCUCCAACCACCCCUACAGCCUCUCCCAUUACAUCUCCACCCCUGCCCCGGCCGUGGACGUCAAAGGCCUGAUCCAGCCCUCCCCGGCCCAGCAGCGGGCCGCUCAGCCUGCACACACUAAGCCUCGCCGGGCCCCCUCCUGGCCAGACAUGUGGGAGUCGCCCAGCGGGCUCCACCUGGCCCAUGCCGCAGAGCUGCUAAUGCGCGCUGGGCUUCUGGCUCUGACACCCGCCACCACAGAGCAGGCCAGCCUGGGUGCGCAGAGCAGCCAGCCACCCAAAAGGGAGGCUGCGGAGGCAAAGGGGGGAAAGGGGGACGGAGAAGGAGGUGCGUCUGGGCCUGAGGAGGAGGAAGAGGACUCCUCUGGAUGUGGCACUGACUUCCAACCCUUCCUGGGUGCCUGGUUCCCCUUCAGCCCCGCUCUGUUCCCCCUGGCGGGUUUCCAGAUGGGGGGAGGCCACUGGAGAAGCGCGGCCAUGGGAGCUGAGGGCAUCGAGGGGCUGGUGGCCGAGGGCUACUCUCCUGGCUCUCUGGGCACGGGCAGCGGAGGCAGGAGGAAGAGGAAGAGAUGCGGGGAGUGCGUACCUUGUCGGCGUCAGACGAACUGCGAACAGUGCAGCAGCUGCCGCAAUCGCAAGAGGGGACACCAGAUCUGUAAAUACAGAAAGUGUGAGGAGCUGAAGAGGAAGCCAGGAGGUCCUGGGUUUGAGAGCAGAGUGUCUGGGUUUGAUCUAAGGGGGUCCGACUUUACUUUGGGUCUGGCACAGGAGAGAAGCAACGGAGCCUUGGAUGGAUAGUAAUGCUUGUGGUGGCAGCAUUUGUCAGAGGAUCCUUGUUGGAUGAUUGUUGAGGAGCUGCAGUUUGAUAAAAACACACGGGUGUCAACCCAAAGUUAACAUGCUCAGACUGUGGUUCAAAGAUCUUCAGAUCUUGUGUUUAGUGAGGAGCUGCAGCUCUGUUUAAGAAUGUCCACACUCGUUCCCAUCCUUCCUUUUGACAAUCAGUGAAAUGGAGAGGAGAGAGAGAAGGAUACCAAUGUGUGUCAAUAUUUAGAUGACGACAAAAAUGCUGUAAAUAGCCUGUAAAUAUCUGGAAAACAGUAUGUCUUUUUUACAUCCCUUUCCAGUUUGGAUGUGUUGUGUUUCAACAUUCAAAAAAAAAAGGAGCCAAAUGUUUUGUUUCUAAUGGGGAGUUUUGAUUCUGUUGUUCUGACGUCACUGCAUCAGUAAGAAAUGAAUGAGUUCAGCCUAGGCUAAAUUAUUUCAUGUGCAACUUGUACUGUAUAGCUCUGUUUGCCCUUUUGAAAUAAAAAGAAAUUGGCCAUGUG